GGCAGGGCAUAGCAACAGUGCUGGGCGUAGCGGCUCUGCUGGUUUUUACCAGUUCAAUGAAUCCUGCGUUCUACUGGUACCCAGUUAGCUUCAAUAACAUCGGUUAAUAACCAGUGAGCCAGGGAGCUAGGGGACCAGGGAUCCAGUGAGCCAGGGAGCUAGGAAGCUAGCUACCGGAGCUACAUCCCAGUUCUCCCAGUGAUGUCUCUCCCAGAGUCCCACCGUGACGAGGAGGAGGAUUUCUACACCCAGUGCAGAGCCUCGUAUCUCGCUGUGUUCAAGUCCAGUCUGUCGAACAUCACGUCGAAGCAGCAGCUGUGUCGCGUUCUCCAGCAAGCAGGAAGAAAUCCAUCCCUAGCCACUCUCAGUAAAUACUGGACCCCAAGAACGUCCAAUCUGAACUUUGAUGACUUCUGUGAGAUUCUCAAGUGUGAGAAGAAAACCGAGGAAACGGAGCUGAUGACAGCGUUCCAAAAGUUGGAUGUUAACGGCGACGGCUUCAUCUCACACAGCGAACUGGAAACGGCCCUGACCACUAGUGGAGAAAAGAUGACACAUGAGGAGGUGAAUACCAUUUUCACAUUAGCUGACAUCAACAAGGACGGCAAACUAAACUAUGCGGAAUUCUGCAGACUGCUGGUGUCGACAGUAGAACAGUGUCAGUUGGCAGCUAUGGAGAGGCUGGAGGCCGAUGCUAAGCUGAAGAUACAGAACUUUGGCAGUCAGUCAUACAGCCCUGCAAAGAGCGCCGUGUCAUCAGCCUCCUCAGCAGCAGCAGCAGCUCAGCCUCAACCUCCAGAAACACCAGACGGGACACUCAGGAAAGACAGCCGAUCAUCCUCGCGUCCUUCCUCGGCUCGCAGCCGACGGUCGUCUCUGGCGAACUCCAUCAAUAUGACCUCCAGCAGCUCCAGGUCCAGCAAAGUGACCGAGCCUGCAGGCUUACAGGAGUGGCACCACAGUCACAUGAAAGGAUGUUUCUUCUUGGAGGAUGAUGGGAGUGUCGGCUCUCUGCAGUACCAGCUCCACAUCCCGCAGACAGCCAACGUCUACGUGACCGUCCAACCGCAAAGCCUCAGCCACAGACCUGACAAGUCUCCUCCCUGGAUGACAGUGGAUACGGCUCUUUUCAUCAUGUCGGCUGGUGAAGCCAAAGAAGACUCUGUAGUGCACUUCACUGAGUCGAGAGACAAAGAGAAAUACAUUUGGAAAGGUGAGCUGAACUCUGGGACGUACUUCCUGCUUCCCUUCACCAGCGGCUGCAGACUUAAGAAAAGGAGCAAGAAUGAUCUUCCUGACAAACCUGUGGAGCUCGUCUACAGGACCGACUCUGGAGAGCUCGACCUCACCAGGGAGCUCAGGGAGGCACUGUCUGAAAUCUUUGAGGUUAUAGACCUGGAUGGAAACGGUCUCCUCAGUCUGGAGGAGUACAAUUUCUUUGAGCUCAGGACCAGUGGAGAGAGGUGUGACAAGGAGGCCUGGGCUGUCUGCAAAGAAAACUUUGAUAUGAGAAGCAAUCAAUUGACCAAGCAGGGCUUCAUGGAGCUGAACCUGAUGGAGGCCACAGAGAAGGAUGGAGACCCUGCAGACCUGUGGGUCAUCCUGGAAGCCAUGGGUUACAACCGCAUGCUGGAGCUCGUAGAGGCUUGUCCAUUCCAGAUAGAUGUACACUGUGAAGACACGCCGCUGUCCCUCCAGCCACUCAGUAUGGACACAGGGCCCAAACUCCUGAACCAGGCCCUCCAGAAGUCCAUCACGGCCAGGACGGGGGCCAAAGCACUGAGGGGACUAGAUAAUGUUUUCAUCUACACCUACCGAGGAGAGCACAGGAUCUCGUCACUCAUAGCUAACAAGACCAACCAGAAAGUGACGGUGCACAUAAACAACGAGCAGAACAGGAACUGCAGCAGCAGCAGAGGCAUGAGUGUGUUCGCUGUGGAGGUGCCGGCCCGGACCAAGAUGGUUUGCCAACACAUUCUACCCAUCAGUGACAAACAGGACUGGACCUAUAAUUGUGUGGAGACGAUACUCACCUGCACAUGAAGAUGUGCUGCAAUGGAAUAUUUAAUGCUCUUAGUGCAACUGGUACAGAAAAGGGAUGGACUGAAAACCAUUAAUGAACCAGUGCUUUUAAAUAUAUGAUUCAUAGAUUGUUCUAUAUCCACUGGUGAUAUGAAAAACAUUGUUAAUGGUAGACCAAAGGAUUGUGAUGUGUAAUUUUACAAAAGUAACUGCUUAUAAUUUCUUUUACAAACCCUAUAUUCACAGCCUAGAGAUUUGUUUUGUAACGCUUCUCCUCUCAGAUCCCAUCACCAGGAGCGGAGACAUUUGAUCAGACCCACCUGUAGCUCAGUGCAUCAGUUGUGUAACACUGAUGGUCACAGCUCAAAUAAGACUGAUAGUGGUGACUGCUGCUUUUGUGCCCUUAUUAUGUUUGACAUAAUGUGUUAAUGUAGAGAAUUUCAAAAUUCCCUUAAAAUUGAAAAACAGUAAAGACCAAAGGUGAAAAUGUCAACAUGGCUCUUUUAUUCAUGAUUUAUCAUUUAAAAUACAAACUCAAAUAAUAAACUAAAAUACGAGAAAUAUGGGAUCUGGAUCUCAGCUCUUUAAAAUCACAACAAAGUUUUCUGACAACAUUAGAAAAAAGAGAAUCAAACAUACAGUUGAUGUUAUAAGCUACAAUGACAAUGCAUUGUGAGGAGGAGCCUCAAGCUGAUAAUAACAUGAAGGUAACACAGCUUCACAUUGAAAUUUGAAGUAAAUGGUUUGUGCACUAAGUCACUGUUACUCUGUAGAUAUCAGCCACCACCGUCCCUGCUCUUUACACAGUUUGGAGCUGUGAGGAUUUAGUGUUGGCCAUGAAAUGCAUUCCUCUGUAUUGCAGUCAGGUCUAAACUUUAUUCGCCCUUGGCCUUUGCAGCUGAGCGCAGUCUUGACCUCCUAUUUAUAUCCAGCUGGUCAUUAUUUGCCCUUUGACUUUCUCUGCUGAAACAGUAGAGCCGGUGAACUAAAUGUCACAUGACACGUGAGAGGAACAGUAUUUAAUGUCCCGAGCCGCUGUCUGCUCUUCCUUUCCCAGCACAGAGGUUUAGUGACGCUCGACUGCUCGGGUCUAGCUGGCUCUGAGGAGCUGUGAGCCAAACUGGACAUCUAGAGUACUGGACUCUUUUUAUUUGUAGUUAUAAGAAAAUUAAAAUUUUUAGAACUUCAUUGUGAUUUGUGUGACAUGAUUUUAUUCAACAUUUGAAAUCAUGCAAUGCAGAACAGUUGAUAUGCUUCUAAGUCAAUAGU